UUUCCCAAAACGCUUCAUUACUUUCCCAAAAAUAUAUUUUUAUUAUUCAAUGAAAAACUUAUCAGAACCUUCUAUGUCUCUAAGAAACCCUAUCAAAGCAAACACAAAAAUCGCACUCUUCUUCUUCGUUUUACCCAAAUCCAAUUUCAUUUGCCGACGCUUCUUUCUCGACCUCGAAUUUCCAAGUUAAUAUCUGAUCUCGCAAAUUUUGUCUAGACGCUUUUGUCACUUACCGAAGCCAGCAGAUCACUUACAGAACCGCCAUACCUCUGUCGUACCAGGGUCACAAAGAGGUUGACGUUGGGUCGCCGUUUGUUUAUGGAACCAACGUUCCAACUGCCUUCAUCGAAGUACCAGCAAGAGAAAGGUGUUAUUAAAUAUACACAAUGCCGCCAAGAGAAGAAUUCCCUACAAAAGCUCUGGAUGGUGCUCCAAGUAAUGAUAUUGGGUGGUAUUUUGGAACGCCAGAACCCGGAAGUCGCAACAAUGUUCGUUGCAAACUUUGUAAUGUGGUAGUAAAAGGUGGGAUUACAACAUUGAAGCAACAUAUAGCACAUAUGAAAGGACAAGUUGCAGGUUGUGCUAGAGUAACAACUAUGGUUAGAGAAAAUAUGAUGAAACUUCUACUUGAUUCAAAAGCAAAGAGAAAUGAUUCUAAAAGAAGAAAAGAAGAAUUUGAAGAACGUUUAAGAGGAGAUGUUGAAGAUGAAGAUGAAGAUGUGGAUACUCUUAUUGAUGAUCAAUUGAGAUAUGCAACACAACAAAGCCUUAGAUCACAUCAAGAAUGGGAAAAUAUACAACAGUUCAAACGAGAAACAACAGGUUCUGAAAAUGUAUAUGAACAUGGCAGAAGCUCUCGUGUCAGUGUUAGUGGGGCUGGAAGGCCAGAAGAUAUCUCUUUUUCUUUGAGAUCUACUAAUAUUGAUCUUGUUAGGAGCAAAAGCAUGAAGCAACCAAGAGCUGGUAAUGGGUUUUUGAAGACAUGGAGGAAAAGGCUUGGAGAGGCUGUCAGCAAAUUUAUAAUUUAUGAACGUUUGCCUAUGAAUUUAUCUAACUCUCCUUGGUUACAUAAUUUGCUUUAUACUGCUUCUGAGGUUGGAAAAGCCAAAUGUCCAACUCCUUAUGAAAUCUCAAAUGUUUACUUAGAAUCUGAAUAUAAGGAAAUGUUGGAGUGGAUAAAUGGUAUGAAAAAAAUUUGGCAAGAAAGAGGAGCAACAAUAAUGUGUGAUGGUUGGACAGACAGCAUCAACCAUACUCAUAUUAUGAAUUUCUUGGUAUAUUGUCACAAAGGUACUGUGUUUUGGAAGUCUGUUGAUGCUUCUGAUGUUGAUAGUAGAAACACUGAAUACUAUUUUCAAUUGUUGGAUAAAGUUGUGGAAGAAGUGGGUGAAGAGUAUGUAGUUCAAGUGGUAACAGACAAUGAAGCCGCAUUAAAAGCGGCUGGUCAAAAGCUUAUGGAGAAGAGACCCCAUUUAUAUUGGUCUUCUUGUGCUGCUCAUUGUUUAGAUCUUUGCUUUGAGGAUAUAGGAAAAAAGAAAAGCAUACAAAACUUAUUAAGUGAAGCAAAAAUGGUGACAACUUUCAUCUACAACCAUACGUAUAUUGUGAGUCUAAUGAAAAAAUAUACUGGCGGUAGAGAUAUUGUUCGUCCUGGUGUUACCCGAUUUGCAACACAAUUUCUACAACUUCAAGCAAUUGUUAGACAAAGGGAAGGUCUUGAAAACAUGUUCAAUUCUGAAGAAUUUAGAAAAACAAAAUAUGGUAAAGAGAAGAAAGGACCGGGAUAUGAAGCAAGAAAAAUUGUUAUGAGUAGGGACUUUUGGAGUAAGGCCAAUGACAUUUUGAAAGUAUUUGAGCCUAUUAUAAAAGUUUUGAGACUAGUGGAUGGUGACGAGAAACCAACAAUGGGUUUCAUAUAUGAAGCCAUUGAUCGAGCAAAACAAGCAAUUCAACAGAAUUCUCGUUAUCAUUCCAAAUACAAUGAUAUCAUUGACAAACGUUGGAAAUUCAUGCACUCUGAUCUUCAUUAUGCUGGUUAUUUUUUUAAUCCACAAUUUCAAUAUGGAAUCGAGCAUGGAAAAGCUGUUUACAAAGAAACAUUUAAUGGAACAAAGGAAGUAAUCAUGAAGCUAGAAAGAAACAUGGAUGAUCAAAUCAAAGCUCUAAACCAACUAACACUUUUUAGAGAAAAGAGUGAAACGUUUGGUACACCUCUAGCUCAAAAAUCUUGGUCUAAGAUGGAUGCAGCUCAAUGGUGGGAAUAUCAUGGUUCAUGUGCUCCUGAACUUCAACAUUUGGCUAUGAUAGUUCUCAGUCAAACAACCUCUGCCACAAAUUGUGAGAGAAAUUGGAGUACAUUUAGCUAUAUUCACACAAAGACAAGAAAUAAAUUGAAGUACAAAAAAUUGCAUAAGCUUGUCUUCACACAUUACAACAUGAAGUUGAGAAUGAGAGAUAAAUUAAGGAAGAGUCGGGAAGAAAUAGAAGCAAGUUUUGAUCCGAUAAAUCUUGACUGUAUAUUUCAAGAAGAUCCGUUAUCUCAAUGGAUAGAAGAGAGGGAAAAUCCAGUAUUGGAUGGAGUUCAAAAUGCAUAAUGGUUACCAAUAGUUGAUACUGAUGAUGAAAAUGUUGAUGAUAAUAGUGAAUCUAAUGAUAGUGGUGGCUUAAGUCCACCAAGCGGUAAUAGUGGUGAUGGAGGUGGUAAUGAAGUGGAUAACGAAGGUGAAAAUGAAAGUGGAAGUGGGGGUGGUGAUGAUGAAGGAGAAGAUGAAGAGCAAUUAAAACUUGAUCCAUAUCAUGAAAUACCACCUGGUUAUAGGCGUUAUAGGAACUUGAAUGAUAUAGAUCGUUCUGACAACUCACUACUUGACUCGAGAGGAAAUGUGUCACAAUCUGGAAGAAAGGGGAAAAGAAAAAAAAUGCUCCACUUGAAGAUUCCUCCUCUUCUAGUAUUGCUCAUAGUUUUAGUGAUUUUGGGAUUGGUGAUUCUUCACAAAGUAGUCAACAAUCGUAUCCUCCUGUUUAUCAGUAUCCUUAUUUCAACUCCUAUAACCAAUAUCCUAGUCAUCAAGCUCCUUUGUACCACCAACAAUCAAUGAAUUAUCACAAUCCUUAUCAUCAA